AUGAUUGGUGCGUUGCAGUACAUAAGCAAGUGGGUGUGUGUGAUGAAGAUGGUUUUUUGUAUUGGAGGAAGACUAGGAAUGUUUCCAUGGCUGUGUGGCAGACGCAACAAGCAAAAGAUAAUUAGAAGCUCAUACUUGAACACGUAUGAAACGUUGCGUGAUGAAGAUAGUUGUAUGGACUACGGCAUGGGUGGAAUGGAUAUGUCUAAGAUGUGUAAGAAGCACAGCAAUUGCAAUGCAAAGCGAUCCAAUCGUUUUGAGAGGCGUGGGGUGAAUAAAGACAAUGUUGAGAGUGUAAAUAGCAACACAUAUGAUUUGCAUGAUGAGCACAGUAACAUUUGUAUGCAUCCUGCAGAGGAUAUUGAUGAGCUUGAAGGUGCAUCUGAGGAUGUGGAGUCGCACAGUACAUUCAGGGAAAGCAAAUGCAAAGACAACAAAUAUCAAGGGGAUAUGUGCCGUAACGAUAACUGCAGUAACAAUCACAGAGCUCAUGCGAGUAGUAAGAAUGCCAUGAAUGCUUCAAAAGCACUGAGGAAUAAAAAAGAGAAUGUAUUCGAUAACAAGUAUGAUGUGGUCAGUGAAGAAGAUGUUUCAAUCAAAAAAGCAGAAAUACUUGACAAAUACAAAGCCAGGGCAUAUAUGAGCGAAAAUAGGCCAAAGAGCAUUUCUAUCGAGUCUGAAAUCGACUCUGUAUGCAACAAAGCAGCAGCCAUAAAUAAAAAUAGCGAUGCAUUUAUGAGUAGCCGUGCAAACAAGAUCAGGACAAAUAACCGAUUUUGUGAAUACUCGCCAGAUGAAAGUGAAAGCGAAAUUAGUUUCAUAAUGGAUCUGUAUGACAAGACCUCCUUGAACAACAGUCUAAAGCAAAAAAUGUUUGAAUACCUAAGCUUGCUUGAAAAAAGAAGCAAAGAGGAACUGCAUCGCAAUACGGAGCAGGACAUUCCAUAUCAGGCAUUUACACGUGAGUAG